AUGGCACCAGCCCAGACCCAAGAUACACCAGAGAAUACUCAAAAGAGUUCCGAUCUCUUGGAGCAUUCCAAGGGUGAUUCAGUACUCACAGAUAAAGACCGAAAGGCUCUCGUCUUCACCGACAAGCACAGCUCUCCAGACGUCUACGUCAACUCCAGCAAAGACACUCUGUGGCAUCCCUGGACAGGAACGCUAGAGCUCAAGCCUCUCCGAUUUGAAACGAGAUCUGGCAGUUUCGUCAUUGGGCUGAGAACCCCUGUCGAUUGUUGGCUCGGAAAGCAUAGGCAUCGAGGUACAGUCACAGCUGUAACACUUUCUGGGAAUUGGAGAUACAAGGAGUAUGACUGGGUCGCUGGACCGGGUGACUAUGUUGUUGAAAACCCAGGAACCAUUCACACGCUGUUUAUGGGUGCUGGCGCCGAAGUGGUGUUUACUAUUACAGGAAGCCUCGAGUUUUUCAAUGAUGAUGACAGCUUGAGGGAGACGAUGGAUAUCUUCAGUUUCGCGGAGCUUUACUAUGACCAUUGCAAAGAGAAGGGUGUUGAACCAAAUGAUAAGCUAUGGUACUAA